CAACAUGCCAAACCUAGUGUUGACAGACAUCAAGCCCAAGAACCACAACACACAAAACCUAGAGAUGACAGACAUCAGGCCCAAGAACCACAACACACAAAACCUAGAGAUGAUAGACACCAGGCCCAAGAACCACAACACACGAAACCUAGAGAUGAUAGACACCAGGCCCAAGAACCACAACACACGAAACCUAGAGAUGAUAGACACCAGGCCCAAGAACUACAACACACGAAACCUAGAGAUGAUAGACACCAGGCCCAAGAACCACAACACACGAAACCUAGAGAUGACAGACACCAGGCCCAAGAACCACAACACACGAAACCUAGAGAUGACAGACACCAGGCUCAAGAACUACAACACACGAAACCUAGAGAUGACAGACACCAGGCCCAAGAACCACAACACACGAAACCUAGUGAUGACAGACAUCAGGCCCAAGAACCACAACACACUAAACCUAGAGAUGACAGACAUCAGGCCCAAGAACCACAACAUACUAAGCCUAGUGAUGAUAGACAUCAGGCCCAACAACCACAACACACGAAACCUAGAGAUGACAGACAUCAGGCCCAAGAACCAGAACACACAAAACCUAGAGAUGACAGACAUCAGGCCCAAGAACGACAACACAUGAAACCUAGAGAUGACAGACAUCAGGCCCAAGAACCAGAACACACAAAACCUAGAGAUGACAGACAUCAGGCCCAAGAACCGCAACAUACUAAACCUAGAGAUGACAGACAUCAGGCCCAAGAACCAGAACACACAAAACCUAGAGAUGACAGACAUCAGGCUCAAGAACCACAACACACUAAACCAAGAGAUGACAGACAUCAGGCCCAAGAACCAGAACACACGAAACCUGGAGAUGACAGACAUCAGGCCCAAGAACCAGAACACACGAAACCUGGAGAUGACAGACAUCAGGCCCAAGAACCAGAACACACAAAACCUAGAGAUGAUAGACAUCAGGCCCAAGAACCACAACGUACUAAACCUACUGAUGAUAAACAAGAAUCCUCCCAACAUCCAUGUUCCUGCUCUAAGCCAGAGGCACCUGAAAAAGAGGCAUCAACUUCUCCUGAAAAGACUGUUUCAGAUGAUGCGUGUGAGUAUCCUGAAGGAUUCCAUACUGCAUUCAGCAAAAUACUUACCCGACUUAACAGACCUAGCACCAACUAUGUUCUGAGUUUUGCCAACAAGCUCUAUGGAGACUACGCCAUUGCUUUCAUUCAGAAAUUCCUUUACUGUGCUCUGAAACUGUAUUUGACAGAAGUGGAUGGAGCUGAUUUUCAUUGUGCCCCUGAGGAAGUGAGGAGACUGAUAAACCUGUGGAUUGAAAUCCAGACACAUGGUAAAAUCAAGGAUGUUCUACCCAAGGACAGUGUGGAUUGUCUGACUGAGCUGCUGAUGGUGAAUACUAUAUACUUCAAAGGAGUAUGGGACAUUGAAUUUAAGAAAGAGCUCACAGAAGAAGCCCCAUUUUUCAAUGAUGCGAAGGCCUUUCACACUGUGCAGCUGAUGCACAGUAAGGGGACCUUCAACACGGGAACAGUAUAUCUGAGCAACGUUGAGGUGCAAGUUCUGGAGAUUCCCUACAAAAACCAUGAGCUGAGCAUGUUCAUCUUGCUCCCAGCAGACGAAAGUUCUGAAGCCCUUCUACAGCUGGAAGAUGCACUGACCCAUGAGGAUUUGCUUGACUGGUCCUAUGAUCUGAAGUCUGAAGAAGUGGACGUGGCCAUUCCCAAGUUCAGCAUGGAGAAGACGGCUGAAGCUGACAAGUACCUCAAUCUGUCACUUCUGAAUGAUUCUGGAAAAGCUGAUUUCUCUGGAGCAACAACCACUCAUGGGGUGGCUCUGUCUCAGCUUGUCCACGAUACUUUCUUUGAGAUUGACGAAGAGGGUGGUGAAGCACCUGCAACAAAGGAGGCCCAAGCCUCUAGGCGUCAACGUCGUGGACCUGUGUCCUUCAUAGCUGACCAUCCCUUCCUUUACUAUGUUCGGCACAAUUGCACCAAAAGCAUUCUUAUCUUUGGUAGAUUCUGUAAACCAGAGUAAAAGAAUGGUUCUGACUCACAGAAAUCGAGAUCAAUGGAAAACGACU